UUGCCCGUGGCAUAUUCCAGAGGAGACAUUGACUGCUUCAAGAUGAUUUACUUCGCCCUCAAGGCUCUUGUUCUGCCCGAGAGUGGUCCAGUGAAGUACGGAACGCAAUUCCUCAGUCAUUUCAUCAUGCAAUCCCGACAAUUUCCCAACAUGACCACAACUGUUAUUGAGCGCGGAGGUCAAAUAAUACAGACAACAUUGCUGUGCAUUGGUUCUCUAACACCACGAACACAAGUGGAGGUUUUUGCUGAUAUAUUUCUGUCUAUAAAUAAGAAAUAUCCCCAGGAAUUGAUUGUGUGGCUCAAAGUGCUCGCAACACCACAAUUCCCCACGGCUCACGUGUCGGACAGCGAGAAGAAUGCUUUUAUGAAUACCAUCAUAAGAGAAAAGGUAAAUAAGCGUAUCAUCCAAGGACAAGUUAGAGAAUUUUCCGCCAAAUGCCGUGGAAUUGUGGAGAAGAUUUAAAGUGUGUAAGAAGAAAAUUUGUGUUUUUUUUUUCAAAUGAGUGUAAAGACAGAAAAUAUGCUUAGUUAUUUUCAUUAUUCUUGUGAUAAAAAAAGUGAAAGAAAAAGAAUACCAUACAGUCUUUCAAUGUCAAAUUGUGAGAAAACAAAAUGAUUUGUAUAUAAGAAUUUAUUUUAAGGGAUGUAUUUAUCUUAAAUGUGUAAUUUUAUGCAAGAUGAUGAAUGCAGUGAGAAAAUAAAAAAAAUUGAUGUGACGAUUGCAAA